CUGUGACUGUGUAUCUGGUUUUUGGUUCCUAUAAAGGUGCUUGUUUGUGUAGAUGACAGUUGCUAAAUUUGGUGUUCCAAACUUGUUAAAUUUGGCUCUGAUGAAGGGAAGAUCAGUGGAGGUUUCUGUUUGGACAUCUCGUUCCACCCCUCUCCAAAAGCAUUCUCUUAUAUAACCCCAGUACAAUGUUCAAAAGCUGGUAAUUAACAUCAAUGGAAUACCUUUACUUACUCUACAGACCUUAUUCCAAUUUCACCAAUCAUGCCAAUAAUGACCUUUUAGCAAGAAGGACAUGCAGUGCAUCAGUUGUCGUGUCUCUUAAAUCUCCUUGAAUUUGGAAUAGUUCUGUCUUUCUUCACUUUUUCAUAACAUUACAUUGUUUUAAGAGUCCAGGCCAGUUGCUUUGCAGAAUACUCCUCGUGUUUCAACUCAGAGUAUGCUCUUUUGUCAGGAAAUCACAGAGGUGAGGUUGUGUUCUGAGUGCAUCCUAUCAGGAGCCACAUGCUAUUGAUUAAUCUCAUUUUGGCACUAUGACCUUUGAUAACUUGGUUAAGGUGCUGUAUGCCAGGUUUCUCCAAUGUAAGGAUACUAUUUCAUCCUUAAUCGUGUAGGAGGGAAGUUACGUUGAGACUAAAUAUCCUGUCCACCUCCCAGUUUCAUCCACUCGUCGUACCAUCCCUUGAUACUUCUUACUGACAUCAAUUAUUAUUAGGAAUGGCUAUCAAAUGGUGAUUUUUCUAGUUCCAGUACUUCUCAUAUGUUUGUUACCUGGUUUUCUGCUUGUGCGGUAGCGCGUUUCCUUUCCCUUUAUGUAUCUUAGCGUGGACUUGUAAGUCCUUGUUUUAUUCAUGGGCCAUCAUGCUAUAUAUUAGUAAUUAUUCUAAUACUCUAGUUGUUCCACAUUUGGACAGUAACACUUCUACAAGUGGAUUCCUGUGUACUUUUGAAAUGUCCCUGUCAUUCUUCAACGCUAUCACUAUUUAAAGGCAGCUCCUUCCAGAUGGAUUGAGUCUAUUCCAUAUGCUUUUGACUUCCUAAUGAAUACUCAGUCUAUUUCUCUGCCUGGUUAGAAAACUCCUGGGCUCCCCGAGACUUCCCCCUUCCCCCACCUCCAUUGCUACCCUCCUAGCAAGGAGGCUUCACCAAUGACUGACAUGGCAUUAGCAUGGCCUUCAAAUACCAGACAGAGUCAGACCCCACAGGGCUGCAGGAGCAGGCUGCGGCAGCAAUGGGGGGACACAGCCAUCCUGAUGGUGUUUGUUUUUCCCCUGUGUAAACCAAGCAGUGGGUGUGUGAAGGAUUUGCCCUUUGCUUGCCUGUGGCUUUUUUAUACACCAAAGAGAAAGCAAAUUUUGAUUUUGUUCAGUAAUAAAGGGCACCCAACAACUGAAUUCUUACCUUUAAGCUAGCUGUCGCCAAAAGGGAUGCAAGGAAGAGAGCUGAUAGACUGUUCCUUUUGAGCCCACUCUUACGUCAAAAGAGCUUAUUGUUUUUCAUUGCUGUGUAUCACCUGGCAGACCUGGGCGACAUCCUUGUUGCCCCUGGACUUAGGGAGAAGUCCUUGCUAAAAGCAAGAUGUAGAAGUGGGAGUGACCUAUGAAAAAAGAAAUGAAUUAAAUUUGAUAUGACACAUCAUAUAAGGAAGAAUAAUUGUAGACUCAGGCAUGCAGAGGUUGGGUGUAAGUAUAUUAGUCCCCACCCUCUUCGUCAGCAGUCACACAACCUUGGACGUUAGAGCUCUGACCAUCUGAUCUAGAGAAGGAAUGUUGCUGGGGAAGGGAAGCCCAGGGCGAGGUGAGAGAUGACAGAACCUCUAACCAGGAAGAAGCUGUCCCUGCCAAGCUCCGGAGAGGCGCAGAAGCAUGGCCCUCAGGUGGUAACAGAAAGCAAUCCAGAUGGGGUGCAGGUGCUGUAAAAUAAUACAAAGCUAUCUCUUUGAUCCAGUUCAAGUGCCCUCUCCUGGCUAUGUCAAUGAAGUCAACAGCUGCAAGCUAGAUGAAGGUGACACUGUUAAAUUAAAAGGCAAAUGGGGCGGUGAAGUCCUGGUGCAGAAAAAUGACCCUCAGAGGCAGGGCUCAAAGAAGACUGAUAGCAGCAGCAGGACAGCUGAUCCAUGGGAGCCCUGCUGGCCUCACCAAGGUCCGCUCCCGCAGGGGGAUGCUGGAAGGGACCACCAUGCCUGCGGUGUCAAUGGCGUUGGCCCUGCUGCCGCCCCACAGCCCACUGGGAAUCCCAGUCCCUCCCAGGAUGACAGGGGCUCCUGGGCCAGUACUACAAAUACUAUUCCCCCAACUCAACCCUUCCUGGAAGGAGGGGGCACUCAGAAACAGGACUGUGUAUUGCUGGCCUCAGAAGAGACCCAGGUCAUGAGAAACAGAGGCUCCAGAGCUCCUUCUGACAUGGAAAGUUGUGCCUUGGAAGUACAAGAAGAGCAUGUCUUCCAGAUACCAGCCCCAGAUUACCCUCAGCAUUGGGGCCCAGCUGGAGGCAACGUUGAUCAUAGUGAAAAGGACCGUGUUUCCAAGAACCAUACUGUGGAGGAGUCCCUAGAGGGAAUUCAGCCCACAGUAGGGGAGCAUGGUUUGAAUACACCCUUCUCCGUGAGGAGAAGCUGGAACUCAUUGAAUAAGGAUGUGGAAACAGAAGAUCUAAGCAUCUGCUUUAGUGUGAAGGGUCCCGCUCAUGUCUUGCCUGUGGUUGACUCGGGAAAUAGGCAGGAGGAUGCGCAUGGCUCCAACGGAGAUGGGGACAGGGAGAUUGUGGACGUGGAUGCAGCGGUGGCAGAGGCCCUGGCGGCUUUAGAAGCUGCUACUGCAGGAGAAGAUUUGGAUGAGGCUGAUUAGGGAAGGGGAUUUGUGCAGGGGGGUAAGCAGUGUCAUGCUGAGCAUGUGGAUGCAUUUGCUCCCCAGAGGCAGAGCAGGUGAUUACGCCAGCAUCCGCCAGUGCAGCCUUACCAGUUGUUUACAUCCAGCACCUGUUCUGAUUGCCAGCAUCUGUCCCACACUGCUUGUCACGUGUCUGGAGUUUCACCCUGUGUAGGUGAGCUGUGGGUCAUUGUGCCCAUAUCCACAGAAAAUGCAGAAAUUGAACAGCCUGCUUGACAACCCUCAAACGUCUCUGAGCACCUGGUACAGAUGUUCAUGAGAAUACGCUAAGAUCUCAACCCUUGAUCCCAAAGGCACACAAUCACAGAGCAUCCCUUUUGAUUGUAAAUUGUUUCCCUUGUUUUUGAGAGCCAAACAUUGUACCCAACCCGGAAAAGGUAACUACCCCACUUAAAGUGCCUCAUGUGUCCCCAGAGUAUGGCUUAACCAGAGGGACAAUCACCAGGGAACUAAUAACUAACCAGUUGUUCAACAGUGGGUUAAGCUCAGCAGCUUUCACAGUAGAGCAGAAGUCCCCAGGAAACAAAGGGUUAGUCAUUAGCUGAGAUGUGAUUUUAAAACACCUUGACCUUAACUUUUUUACAUUAUUCCUUUUAAAUCUCCUUUGGGAUUGGGGAGGCUGGCCAAAAUAAGUCUUAAAAUUGCUUGUCUCAUAUUUGGAUUUUAAGUUCAUGACUUUCAGAACAGCAAAGCCAUAUAUGGAAUGCUUUUAUGCCAUUCAAUGUCUGAUUCUAAUUAAAAUGUAACAACGUA